CUGUAAAUCUUCAACUCUGAACUCUUGCAACAAUGGUGCUUUUUGAUGGAGAAGACGACCCACAGAGCCCGGUUUUCGUAGGUGAGGGGGAAGAUGACGACCAGGCCUACAAGGAGCUCAGGACGUGGAAGUGGAAGGACUGGAUGCGGUUGCAGAAGCUCGAGGCCAAUAGGGAAAGCGGCCGGCCGCAUUCGGAGGCAAAGCAAGUGCAAUCUCGCCGGAAGAAGAUGUCCAGAGCCCAAGACUCCAUUCUCAAGUACAUGAUGAAGAUCAUGGACGAGUGCAAAGGCCAGGGCUUCGUCUACGGGAUCGUUCCGGAGAAAGGCAAGGCCGUCACCGGCUCCUCUGACAGCCUGCGGGAGUGGUGGAAGGAAAAGGUCAGGUUCGACCAGUUUGCUCCGCUCGCCGUACAAGAGUUCUUUCCGGUGCUGGAGGCCGAGCUGGGCAACACUUCGUACUUGCACAUUCUCCAGGACUUGCAAGAUACGACUCUGGGUUCUCUCCUUUCUGCUUUGAUGCAACACUGCAUGCCGCCGCAGAGGCGGUUUCCGCUGGAGAAGGGUCUGGCGCCGCCGUGGUGGCCCACCGGAAAAGAGCUUUGGUGGGGGGAUCAGGGCAAGGCUCAAGAACAAGGCCCUCCUCCUUACAGGAAGCCCCACAAUCUAAAAAAGGCUUGGAAAGUUAGCGUCUUGGCGGCGAUCAUCAAACACAUGUCCCCAAACAUGGACAGAAUGAGGAGGCGGGUGAGGCAAUCGAAAUGUUUGCAAGACAAGAUGACGGCCAAAGAGACAGCGGCUUGGUCUAAAGUGAUUAACCAAGAAGAAGCGCUUCUGAAGCUCACAGAGAAAAGCCUGAAGAUCUCUAAUACCUGGGAUGAAGAUGGAGAUGAGAACCAACAACAAGGCGGCAAGAAUAAUAAUAAUGAUAAUGAAAAGAACAAUAACCUGCAUCGGACUGAGAGAAGGAAGUGUGUUUUUGAGGGAGAGGACGGGGAGGCAUUGCUGUACGCUUGCCAAAACUCGGGCUGCCCGCUGAGUGAAUUUGGGUCGGGAUUUGUGGGCAAGAACACGAGGACGGAGCAUGAGUUUCAGUGCAAUUACCGGGCGGACGAGACGGAAGUACUGAAUAGAGAAAGCGCCGAUGAAGAAGACUCUGAUUCAGUGGCGAUGAAUCUGCCGCCAGUGGAUGAAAGCCAUUGCUUGGCACCAGUAGUAGUGGAUUUGAUGGGUCAUGCGGAAGGCUAUGGCGGGUACUGGCUGGAAAAUGGAAUAUUAAUGGGUGAUCAGCAGGAGCUCGCGUUUGAGGAUUCUGGGGUGGGGAUUCGAAGAGAUGACCAGCUGCACUCGAAUGAAACAACGUUUGCAGGGCUCCUCUACGAUGAAGGGUUACCAUCGAUUUGGGAUAUGGGUUAUCAACAUCAACCAAUAUAA